UGAGCUGCUGCUGCGAACUUUAGCUGGCCAAUCAGAGAGCACGGCUGAUCGAGGAGGCGCUGGAGGAGAUUUGGCGCAAGUUUGAGCAGCUCAGUGUGCGGAAGAAGACGGACAGAUAGAGACUUCGAGACGAGAGAAAACACCCAACUCUGAGCGGAGAAGACUUCUUUUUAACUUAUUAAAAAGAUUAAACACAAAAUGCCCAGCACGCGCUCUCAGGGUCGGGCUCAGCCCACGCUGUCCUUCCCUCGCCGCAAAUCCUGCAGAGCUUCCUCACGCUCCAAGACGCAGCAGCGGGACAAAUCUCCAACUCCAUCACCCACCGAGCCUGAACCCCAGCACCCGGCCCGGAUCCGGAUCGGACCGCUCUCCCCGAGACGCCACGUCGACCGGCCCACUCCUCUCUCACCCAGACGACCUGCAGCCCAGCAACCACCGCCAGCAUCUCCCAGUCUGCAGCCACGGCUUCCACUCAGCCCGCGCAAACGCACAGGUGACGACAACGGCUGCAACCUCGGCGCCUCCCUGCUCGGUUCGCCGCCGAAGCAGAGCAAGCCGGCCCCGGCCUCGCCCCGAAAGCUCGGCUUUGACGAGAACUCGCCGGUCUUGGCUCGCCGACGGCUGGUGUCGCUGUCACCCCGGCAGCCGCUCUCUCCCGCCGCCGGAUCGUCCCCGAGGCGACAGGAAACGCCUGCUGGAAGCCCGGCCCGCCAAAACUCAGAGAAGAAGCCGCCGGUCGUUCGGCUCUUUGCAGACAAGUCAAGGUUUCUGAGCGUGAAGCAGGCGCUCCACACCGCCGUCCCCGAGCGGCUCCUGUCCCGGGAGGCCGAGCGGGCGUCCGUCCGCUCUUUCCUGGAGGAGAAGGCCCUGCGGCGUCUCCCCGGCAGCCUCUACAUCUCCGGAGCCCCGGGGACCGGCAAGACGGCCUGCCUCAACUGCGUCCUGCAGGAGAUGAAGGCCGAGCUGUCCUCCGUACAGACGGUGGUGGUGAACUGUAUGAGUCUGCGGAGCUCCCACGGCAUCUUCCCGCUGCUGGCCGACAAGCUGAGAGCGCCCGGCGGGCAGAACGGACUGCAGAGGUUCCUGACGGCCCCGGGGCCCGCUGUGCUGCUGGUUCUGGACGAGAUGGACCAGCUGGACAGUAAAGCCCAGGACGUCCUCUACACCAUCUUUGAAUGGCCGUACCUGCCAAAAUCUCGCCUCUGUCUCAUCGGUAUCGCCAACGCUCUGGAUCUGACGGACCGCAUCCUGCCCAGACUGCAGGCUCGCCCUCACUGCCGCCCCCUGCUGUUACACUUCCCUCCCUACAGCCGGCAGGAGCUCACCGCCAUCGUGCAGGACAGACUUGCUCAGGCGUCGGCUGAAGGGAUCCUGGACGCCUCGGCGGUUCAGUUCUGUGCCAGGAAAGUGUCGGCGGUUUCAGGAGACGCCAGGAAAGCUCUGGACAUCUGCAGGAGAGCUGUUGAGGUUGUGGAGUCUGACGAGAGGAAGAACGCAUCGGAUCCGAAAGCUGAAACUAAAGCGUCGCGGGUCAGCCUUCCCCAGGUUGCGCGGGUGCUGUCGGAGGUGUACGGCGACCGGAUGGCGUCUCAGGGCAGCGGCUCUGAUGGAGAGAGCUUCCCCCUGCAGCAGAAGCUGCUGGUCUGCUGCCUGCUGCUGCUCAUACGCAACGGAAAGAGCAAAGAAAUCGUCCUCGGAAAGCUCCAUGAGGUUUACAGCCGCCUGUGCGCUCAGAGGCAGGUGUCUGCGGUCGGCCAGGGCGAGUGUUUGUCUCUCUGCGGUCUGCUGGAGAGUCGAGGAGUCUUCGCUCUGAAGAAAGCCAAAGAGGCUCGACUCACUAAGGUGUUUCUGAAGAUCGAGGAGAAGGACGUUGAAAACGCUCUGAAGGAUCGGACUCUGCUGGGCGGCAUCCUCGCUGCGGGGCUCCCGUCAUGAUCUCACAUGUUUAUUUAUUUUUUUUAAUCUCAUUUUUAAGUUAAACAUACGAACCAAGAUUUUUCACUGGUUUAUUUUUCUUUUUAUUCUCGUUUUUGCUGAGAAUUUGUACAGUUUUUUUUUUUUUUUUUUAAAUGAAAAUGUUUACAAAAAAAUAGAUUUAUUUUUAAAUUUUUUUCUCACACUGAUGUUGACGCUCAGCUUAUGAGUUGCCGAGAAAUGUUAAAAACCCCACACGUCAGUUAUGAAAUGGCAGCAUUUGUUUCAGUUUGGAUUUGAAACGUUUCCAUUUUUAUGCUGUAAAUAAACAAAUGUACAGACAUUUUAA